AUGACUUCCACUGAUAAAGAUUUCAGAUUCAUGGCCACCAAUGACUUGAUGCUCGAGCUGCAGAAGGACAGUAUCAAACUGGAUGAGGACAGUGAGAGGAAGGUGGUGACGAUGCUACUGAGGCUUCUCGAAGACAAGAAUGGAGAGGUGCAGAACCUUGCUGUGAAAUGCCUGGCUCCUCUGGUGGGUAAGGUGAAGGAGCCGCAGGUGGAGACCAUGGUGGACACACUCUGUUCAAACAUGAUGUCCAACAAAGAGCAGCUUCGAGACAUCUCCAGCAUGGGCCUGAAGACCGUCAUCGCGGAGCUUCCUCUGUCUACAACAGGUGUGAAUCUGACCACUUGUGUGUGCAAGAAGAUCACUUCUCUGUUGAUUGGUGCCAUGGGAAAGCAAGAAGAUGUGUCCGUUCAGUUGGAGGCUCUGGAUAUCCUUUCGGACAUGUUAGGAAGAUUAAGCGGGGUAUUGGUUAGUUUCCAUGCAUCUUUGCUGACUAGCCUAUUACCUCAGUUAACCAGCCCCAGAAUGGCGGUGAGGAAGCGUUCCAUCUUGGCUCUGGGUCACUUGGUUCCCUGCUGCAGCCCCGCACUCUUCUCACAGCUCACCACACAUCUAAUGACAGAACUGGCCAAGGCUCCACCCACCUCCAUGUCCCGAACCUACAUCCAGUGUCUCGCUACAGUUAGCCGCCAGGGAGGACAUCGAGUUGGUGAACAUUUAGAAAAGCUAAUCCCAAUGGUAGUCAAGCUGACCAGUGUGGAAGAUGACGAGCUCAGAGAAUACUGUUUCCAGGCAUUUGAAGCUUUCAUGAGGAGGUGUCCAAAAGAGAUGUCGCCACACAUUUCCACAGUGACUGAGCUGUGUCUUAAGUUCAUGACUUAUGAUCCCAACUACAACUACCAUGACGAGGAGGAGGACAGUAUGGAUGUGGACGAGGACUUUGGCGAAGAGUCAGACGAAGAGUACAGUGACGACGACGACAUGAGCUGGAAAGUGCGGCGUUCCUCAGUGAAGUGUUUGGAGGCUCUGGUCCACACCAGGAGAGACCUGCUUCUGUCUUUUUAUUCGUCCCUCUGCCCCGCCCUGCUCGCUCGCUUCAAGGAGAGAGACGAGAACGUUCGGGCCGAUGUCUUCUCUGCCUUCUCCACUCUGCUCAAGCAAACUCGAGCGAGCAGCAGUCAAGUUGGACUGAUGGAGCAGAGGGGCAGCAGGGAGGAGGAGCCUACAGUUGCUUUGUUGAAGAAACAGGUGCCGGUGAUCGUGAAGGCUCUGCACAAACAGCUGAAAGACAAGAGUGUGAAAUCUCGACAGGGCUGUUUCUGUGUCCUCACCCAACUGGCCCAGACUGUCCCAGGGGCACUGGAGGAGCACAUCCCCACACUCAUACCUGGCUUGGUCUUCUCACUGAGAGACAAAUCCACCUCUUCCACCAUGAGGAUUGAUUCCUUGUCAUUUUUUCACAUCCUUUUAUUAUCCCACCCUCCACAGGCCUUUCAACCACACUUGCAGGUGUUGCUUCCUCCGGUGGUAGCUUGUGUAGAAGAUUCCUUUUAUAAGAUUACUUCAGAGGCACUCCUGGUCACACAACAGCUGGUCAAAGUUAUGAGGCCACUGGACCAGACAUCGUCUGUAGCGUUUGAUCCCAAACCAUUUAUUAAUCAGGUCUUCUCCUCAACCAUGAACAGGUUAAAAGCUACAGAUAUUGACCAAGAAGUCAAAGAGCGGGCUAUUUCCUGUAUGGGUCAAAUAGUCUGUCACCUGGGUGACCACCUGGGGGCGGAGCUUAAAGCUGUUCUUAGUAUUUUUCUGGAAAGGUUGAAGAAUGAGAUCACAAGACUGACCACUGUACGGACCAUCACCCUGAUCACAGCAUCUCCACUCAAGAUUGACUUAUCACCUGUCUGGCCUGAGGCCUUGUCCAUCCUGGGAUCUUUUCUGCGUAAAAAACAGAGGACACUGAAGUUGGGGACAUUGACGUGUCUAACAGCUUUAUUCACACAUCAAGCUUCCAACAUGAAACCUGCUCUUCUGGAGUCUGUGCUGAGCGAAAUACCCCCUGUAGUGGACGAAAGCGACAUGCACGUGUCCCAGCUGUCCAUUAACCUACUGACCUGUGUGGCCAAAGCUUGCCCCUCCUCUCUGGCAAAGAUCAGCUCGUCUGUGCUCGCUGGAGUCUUUAAGCUGGUUCACUCUCCACUGCUUCAAGGAGGAGCACUGGUGGCCAUUUUGGAUUUCCUCCAAGCUCUGGUGCUUUCCAAAGCAAGUCAUCUUGGAUACGGUCAGCUGCUGAAGGCCCUGAUGGAGCCUUUCAACAGCCCUGAGUGUCUGGCAGACAUCCACAGACAGUCAUAUCACUCUGUCGCUCGCUGUGUCGCUACACUCUGUGCUGUCUGUCCCAAAGAAACUCCAGGGACAAUCUCCAGUCUCAAACAGCAGGUGAAUAGCCAAAGUUGCCCAGAGUCGGCUCGGGUCCUGGCCUUGUUGUGUUUGGGGGAGGUGGGAAGAAGCAGCAGCCUAGGGGGCUGUAAGGAGGCGCAAGCAGUCAUCCUAGAGGCCUUUUCUUCCUCCAGUGAAGAGAUAAAGACGGCAGCAUCACGUGCUCUCGGCAGCAUGGCGGUGGGAAGUUUGGAAGACUACCUCCCCUUCAUCUUAAAAGAGAUCGCCUCGCAGCCAAAGAGACAGUACCUGCUGCUUCACUCACUCAAAGAGGUCAUCAGUGCAUGCCCAGCCUCCAGCCUCUCCCCGCACUUGGAGUCCAUCUGGGCUCUGUUGAUUCAGAACGCUCUGUGUGCAGAGGAGGGCACCAGGAACCUUGUGGCCGAGUGUUUGGGAAAACUCACUUUAGUCAAUCCUGAUCAGCUCCUGCCCAGACUGCAACAGCAGCUCAAAGAAGGAUCUGCUUUAGCCCGUGUCACAGUGGUAACAGCUGUAAAAUUCACCAUUGUUGACCAUCCUGCUCCUAUCGAUGCACUUCUGAAGAACUGUAUAAGUGAUUUUUUAUCCACACUUAAAGAUGAGGACAUGAAUGUGCGGCGCGUGGCUUUGAUCAUGUUUAACUCAGCCGCUCAUAAUAAGCCAUCUCUCAUUCGAGGACUCCUGCCAAAAGUCCUGCCCAAUCUGUACCAGGAGACGCAGAUCAGGAAGGACCUCAUCAGAGAGGUGGAGAUGGGUCCAUUCAAACACACAGUGGACGAUGGCCUGGAUGUGCGUAAAGCAGCGUUUGAGUGCAUGUAUACCCUUCUGGACAGCUGCCUCGAGGGACUGGACGUGCUCCACUUUUUGGACCAUGUGGAGGAAGGACUCAAAGACCAUUAUGACAUUAGGAUGUUAACCUUCUUGAUGCUAGCACGACUAGCUACUUUGUGCCCAGCUGCUGUUUUACAAAGAUUAGACCGACUGGUGGAGCCACUGAGGGCCACAUGCACAACCAAGGUGAAGGCUGGCUCUGUGAAGCAGGAGUUUGAGAAGCAAGAAGAGCUGAGACGAUCGGCCAUGCGUGCUGUCGCCGCCCUGCUGGCCGUGCCUGAGGUGGAGAGGAGCCCCAGCAUGGCUGAGUUCGCCAGCCAGAUCCACACCAAUGCUGACAUGGCCUCCAUCUACCACAGCGUCCAGGGAGGGGAUGCAGCUGGGCUAGGCCCAGCGGAGAGCAUGGAUAUGGGUUAG